AUGAAAGAUCUGGAACCAAACAAAUGGCGAUACUACGGUCCCUUCGAAGUAGUAGUGCACAACUCUCCACGGGACUGUUGGGUGUCUUUUUUGGGUAAAGUAUACAACAUAACCCCACUAAUAACGAUAUACAGUCGCGACCCAUGUAUAAAACCGCUUCUGGCGAUGGCCGGCAAAGACAUCAGCCACUGGUUCGACGAAAAAGCAGGAGACAUCCAACAUUAUAUUCACCCUGUAACCGGUAAUUUUGUGCCAUAUUUACCGUAUGGAAAAAUCCCUGAUAUAGAACCUCAGGUACCUGAUACAAGGUGGAGACCUGAGCAUAAUCCUUGGUGGAAGAAUGACCUAUAUCAAAUAGGCUUACUAACAAAACGUGCAAGACCUCUAAGAAUCAUAAACAUGUUAACCUGUAAAGAAGUUCAGAUUAACGUUUGUUGCGAAGACACAUUAAUAAGAAUAGCGGAAAGAUAUUCGAUAUUUAAUAAAGAUACAGACAGCUACCUUUGGAGGUAUGAUGGUAAAGUGGUAAACAUGUACAAAACCCUGGAGGAAAACGGAAUUCUAGACGAAAGAGAUCGAUUUUGUGAGUUGGGAAUUCCAGCGAACUUUUAUAUCCCCGCCAUUCUCCUAUACUUCACGGAUGAUUUUAACCACUUAGAGGACGAUUUAGAUGAUGAGGAUGAGUGCGAGAUUUUCCAAAAAUCAAUAACCGUUGAUUUGACUCCAAAAGAAAUUUCAGCACCAGAUUAUUUGUCUACGAUCGAUAUGGAAGUUGCGGAAGAAGGAUAUAAGGAUGAUGAUAAUGAUUUGUUGUACUUUCGACAAGCGAUUAUGGACCUACCACCUAUUCAUACGAAUGUAAUUAGAGAACUUUUACAAAGUACCACUAUAAACAACCGGAAAUACCAGCAGAAAUAGUAACAACUUAUCUUCAAGAAAUUGAAGAAAUACCUAAAACAGAGCCAUCAGAACAUGAAGAAGAACUUACAGAAAAAACUGUAGAUCAAACGGAAUAUUCCGGUGUGGCAACUCAGGAUCAAUCUGAAGCAGAAGCUGAAGAAAAAACAGAUGUUGAAGAAGAAAACGCAACUGAAACUAUAGAUGAACCAUCAGCUGUGCCCGAACCAUCAGCUGUGUCCGAACCAUCAGCUGUGCCUGAAGAAGUCGUCUCAGAACCAGCUGCAACUGUGGUUGAAGCUGAAGUUACAGUUGAAGCUCCUAUUGAAGAAGCACUGGCUGCAUCGGAAGCUGAAGCACCGGCUGCAUCGGAAGCUGAAGCACCGGCUGCAUCGGAAGAUGAAGCACCACCUCAAGCUGAAGUACCUUUGGAAGCGGAAGAACAUGAUGAAGCUAUUGCUGAAAGUCCAGAAGAAGUAGUAUGAAC